CGCACUGGGAAGGGAGAUAGCAGCAACAAUAUGGCGUCAGCCGCAGUUUCUCCCGAAUAUUUUGGACAUCUGCAGUUCAGUGCCGGCUGUCUGGAUUUCUGUUAAUGCGGGAAAAAGCCAGAUGUCCUGGAUGAAACGUAAAUAAAGCGGAAAUAGCUGUAGGAUGAAAACAUGGCCGCGCCCGGUCUCGCACCCCCAGGACCUGACAGCUUCAAGCUGUUCACCCCCGAGUCGCUCCUUACUAUCGAGGAGCGCCAAUUCCAGGAGAAGAUCAAGAAAAAGCCCAAGCCCAAGUCUGACAGCAGUCACCGCGAGGAAGAAGAGGAAGAACCCAUGCCCAACGGUGAUCUGGAGGCGGGGAAGUCCCUCCCUUUCAUCUACGGGGACAUCCCUAAUGGGCUGGUGGCGGUACCACUGGAGGACUUGGACCCUUAUUAUAUGAAUGAGAAAACGUUUAUAGUCCUAAACAAAGGGAAAACCAUCUUCCGCUUCCACGCCACGGACUCCUUGUACGUCAUCAGCCCUUUUAGUCUCUUUAGGCGAAUAGCAAUUAAGAUUUUGAUACACUCGGUAUUCAGUAUGAUCAUCAUGAGCACCAUUUUGACCAACUGUGUUUUCAUGACAUUUAGUGAUCCUCCAGAAUGGAACAAGAUAGUAGAGUAUACCUUCACAGGUAUCUACACCUUCGAAUCACUUACCAAGAUUGUGGCGCGAGGCUUUUGUAUAGACGGGUUCACUUUUCUACGAGAUCCAUGGAACUGGCUGGACUUCAUGGUGAUCUCUAUGGCAUAUGUAACAGAAUUUGUGGACCUGGGGAAUGUCUCGGCGCUGAGAACGUUCAGAGUUCUCCGAGCAUUGAAAACUAUUUCUGUGAUUCCAGGACUCAAGACCAUCGUCGGUGCUCUAGUUCAAUCCGUCAAGAAAUUGUCAGACGUUAUGAUCCUCACGGUCUUCUGUCUCAGUGUCUUCGCUUUGAUUGGACUACAGCUCUUCAUGGGCAACCUGCGGCAGAAAUGUGUCAUCUGGCCAAUCAACUCCACUGAGAACUACCUGGCCAAUGGCAGCAAGGGCUUCGACUGGACCGAAUACAUCAUGAACAGCACCAACUUCUACAUCCUUCCCGGGCAGCUGGAUGCUCUGCUGUGUGGAAACAGCUCAGACUCAGGGCGGUGCCCUGAGGGCUACACGUGUAUGAAGGCCGGGAGAAACCCAAACUACGGCUACACCAGCUUUGAUAGCUUCGGCUGGGCCUUCCUCACUCUCUUCCGCCUCAUGACCCAAGACUUUUGGGAGAACCUCUACAUGUUGACUCUGCGAGCGGCAGGGAAAACCUACAUGAUCUUCUUUGUGUUGGUGAUUUUCGUUGGAUCCUUCUACCUGGUCAAUCUGAUCCUGGCUGUGGUGGCCAUGGCCUAUGAGGAGCAGAACCAGGCGACGAUAGAGGAAGCUGAGCAGAAAGAGGCCGAGUUCAAAGCCAUGCUGGAGCAGAUCAAGAACCAGCAGGAGGAUGCACAGGCUGCUGCCAUGGCGACCUCGGCGGGCACGGUUUCGGUGGGCGACGCGGUAGAGGGGGGAGACGCAACGGAGGGCGGUGGGCAAUUAUCACGCAGCUCCUCCGAGGCGUCCAAGCUCAGCUCCAAGAGCGCGAAGGAACGACGCAACCGCAAGAAGAAGUCACGUCAGAAAGAGGAGGAGAAGAAGGAGAAGGGAGAGAAGGGCGAGAAGGUCGACCACGAGAAGCAUGUUAAGUCAGAGUCGGACGACGGCAGCAAAAGGAGCAUCUUCCGUUUCCCGGGCAGCCGGCUUGGACGCAAAACGUCCAUCAUGAACCAGUCUCUCCUCUCCAUCCCGGGCUCUCCAUUCAUGUCGCGGCACAACAGCCGUAGCAGCAUCUUCAGCUUCAACAAGGGCCGCCCUCCAAAGGACGUGGGCUCAGAGAACGAGUUUGCCGACGAUGAGCACAGCACGGUGGAGGAGAGCGAGGACCGCCGGGGCUCCCUGUUCAUCCCCUACCGCCGUAGCAGCUACAGCGGAUACAGCCAGGGCUCAUCGCGUCUCAUCAGCCCACUGGCGCCCCACACCGGAGGGAAGAGGAACAGCACGGUGGACUGCAACGGCGUGGUGUCGCUCAUCGCUCACCAGCCAGGCGGACGCCUUCUGCCUGAGGUGAAAAUAGAUAAGGCAGCCACUGACGACAGUACCACAGAGGUGGAGGGGAAGAAGAAACACUCAGGCUCCCUGAUGGUGUCUGUGGACCAGCUUGGCCGCAACAAGGACCGCGCCAACAGUGUGAUGAGCGUGGCCACACACACACACUCGCACACUCUACUGGAGGAGCUAGAGGAUUCUCAGAGGGCGUGCCCAUCAUGGUGGUAUAAGUUUGCCAACAUGUUCUGUGUGUGGGACUGCUUUCCUAUCUGGUUGAAGAUCAAGCAUGUGCUCAACCUGAUCGUUAUGGACCCCUUUGUGGAUCUGGCUGUCACCAUCUGUAUUGUCCUCAACACCCUCUUCAUGGCCAUGGAACACUACCCCAUGACCCCUCGCUUUGAGGAGACGCUGUCAGUGGGAAAUCUGGUUUUCACUGGUAUCUUUGCUGGUGAGAUGUUUGCCAAGCUGGCUGCCAUGGAUCCAUACUACUACUUCCAGGAGGGCUGGAAUUGUUUUGACAGCUUCAUUGUGACCCUCAGUUUAGUCGAGCUGGUAUUGGCUGACAUUGAGGGUCUGUCUGUGCUCAGGUCAUUCCGAUUGCUGAGAGUGUUCAAGCUGGCCAAGUCGUGGCCCACACUCAACAUGCUGAUCAAAAUCAUUCACUCUUCUGUGGGAGCCCUGGGAAACUUGACCUUGGUGCUGGCCCUUAUCGUCUUCAUCUUCGCCGUGGUUGGCAUGCAACUGUUUGGAAAGAACUACAAGGACUGUGUUUGUAAGAUCGCUAUAAGCUGUAAGCUUCCUCGUUGGCACAUGAACGACUUCUUUCACUCAUUUCUCAUGGUGUUUCGAGUUCUGUGUGGGGAGUGGAUCGAGUCCAUGUGGGACUGCAUGGAGGUGGCCGGCCAGAACAUGUGCAUGAUCGUCUUCUUGAUGGUCAUGGUCAUAGGCAACUUGGUGGUGUUGAACCUGUUCCUUGCCUUGUUGCUGAGCUCGUUCAGCGCAGACAACCUGGCACCCUCGGACGAUGACGGAGAACAGAACAAUUUGCAAAUAGCUGUCGGUCGAAUAAAGACGGGGAUUGCCUGGGCCAAGGUCUUUGUAGCCGAGGUUAUGAAGAAGGAGGAGGAAGAAGCAGAGGACGAACAGAAGCCUCUUGAUGAGUUUGACGAGAAGCUUAACUGCAUUGCAAACCAGAAGGGCAUAGACAUCAACCGUGAGUUGGACUACAUCAACGGCACUACCAGCGGCAUCGGCAGCAGCGUGGGCAAGUACAUGAUCGACGAGGACCACAUGUCCUUCAUCCACAAUCCCAACCUAACCGUGUGCGUUCCCAUUGCGGUCGGGGAGUCAGACUUCGAUAACCUCAACACUGAGGACUUCAGCAGCGAGUCAGACGCGGAGAACAGCAAAGACCUUGAUGACACCAGCUCUUCGGAGGGCAGCACCAUAGACAUCAAGCUUGACGUGGAGGAGGUGGUGGUGGUGGAGGUUGUGGAAGAGUUCCUGGACCCAGACGCCUGCUGGACAGAUGAAUGUGUUGCCAAGUAUACGUUUUUGUACUUGCCCAUCGACCAUGGCUGGGGGAAGCACUGGUGGUUCCUGAGGAAGACAAGUUACCUGAUCGUGGAGCACAACUGGUUUGAGACCGUCAUCAUCUUCAUGAUCCUGCUCAGUAGCGGGGCGUUGGCCUUUGAGGAUGUGUACAUAAAUAAGAGGAAGACCAUCAAGAUUAUCCUGGAGUACGCCGACAGCGUGUUCACCUAUAUCUUCAUCCUGGAGAUGGUGCUCAAAUGGGUGGCCUAUGGUUGGGUCAAAUACUUCACCAACGCCUGGUGUUGGCUGGACUUCUUCAUUGUGGAUGUGUCUAUAAUCACUCUUAUAGCUAAUGCGAUGGGCUACUCCGAUCUAGGGCCCGUUAAAUCACUACGGACAUUGAGGGCCUUGAGGCCCCUUAGGGCCCUGUCUCGCUUUGAAGGGAUGAGGGUGGUGGUGAAUGCCUUGGUGGGAGCCAUCCCCUCCAUCAUGAACGUGCUGCUGGUGUGCCUCAUCUUCUGGCUCAUCUUCAGUAUCAUGGGGGUCAACCUAUUUGCAGGGAAGUAUUACUACUGCUUCAACGAGACCUCAGAGGAAAACUUUAAACCCGACGUCGUCAACAACAAGACUGAGUGCUUUGCACUAAUCAACGCAAAUUACAGUGAGGUCAGGUGGAAGAAUGUCAAGAUUAACUUUGACAAUGUGGCUGCAGGAUACCUGGCACUUCUACAAGUGGCCACGUUUAAAGGCUGGAUGGACAUAAUGUAUGCGGCCAUUGAUUCUCGGAAGGUGGAGGACCAGCCGAUCUAUGAAGACAACAUCUACAUGUAUAUCUACUUUGUUGCCUUCAUCAUCUUUGGCUCUUUCUUUACCCUCAAUCUCUUCAUUGGUGUCAUCAUUGACAACUUUAACCAGCAAAAGAAAAAGUUUGGAGGUCAGGAUAUAUUCAUGACAGAAGAGCAGAAGAAAUACCACACUGCCAUGAAAAAACUUGGCUCAAAAAAACCACAAAAACCUAUUCCAAGACCACUGAAUAACUUUCAGGGCCUGGUAUUUGACUUCGUAACGCAGCAGGUCUUUGAUAUAUCUAUUAUGAUGUUGAUCUGCCUCAACAUGGUGACCAUGAUGGUGGAGACGGACGAUCAGUCAGAAGAUACUGACACUAUUCUCUACUGGGUCAACUUCGUCUUCAUCGUUGCCUUUACUACCGAGUUUGUGUUAAAGCUCUUUGCCCUUCGCCACUACUACUUCACCAUUGGAUGGAACAUCUUUGACGUGGUCGUGGUCAUUCUCUCAAUUGUUGGCAUGUUCCUCGCAGACAUCAUUGAGAAGUACUUUGUCUCUCCAACCCUCUUCAGGGUGAUCCGACUGGCUCGAAUCGGCAGAAUCCUGCGUCUGAUCAAAGGGGCCAAGGGCAUUCGGACUCUACUGUUUGCCCUGAUGAUGUCCCUUCCUGCUCUGUUCAACAUCGGGUUGUUACUCUUCCUGGUUAUGUUCAUCUUCUCUAUCUUUGGCAUGUCUAACUUUGGCUAUGUCAAACAUGGGGCAGGAAUCGACGACAUGUACAACUUUGAGACAUUUGGCAACAGCAUGAUCUGCCUGUUUAUGAUCACUACGUCUGCCGGCUGGGACGGUUUGUUGUUACCCAUUCUCAACUACCCCCCAGACUGUGACCCACAACUGGAGAACCCAGGUGCACCGAAUACAGGUGACUGCGGCAACCCCUCGGUUGGGAUUUUCUUCUUCGUCAUGUACAUUAUCGUCUCCUUCCUAAUUGUGGUCAACAUGUACAUUGCCAUUAUCCUUGAGAACUUCGGCGUUGCGACUGAAGAGAGUGCCGACCCGCUCAGCGAAGACGACUUCACGACCUUCUACGAAAUAUGGGAGAAGUUCGACCCAGACGCCUCGCAGUUCAUCACCUAUGGCAAGCUUGGUGACUUUGCAGACUACCUAGAGCACCCGCUCCGUGUUCCAAAGCCCAACACUAUAGAGCUGAUCUCCAUGGACUUGCCCAUGGUGAGCGGGGACCGGAUCCACUGCCUCGACAUUCUGUUUGCAUUCACCAAGCGGGUACUAGGCGAUACCGGAGAGCUGGACAUGCUGAGGGAUCAAAUGGAACAGCGCUUUAUUGCGGCGAACCCGUCCAAAGUGUCUUAUGAGCCCAUUACCACUACUCUGAGGCGCAAGCAGGAGGACGUGUCGGCCAAAAUCAUCCAGCAGGCCUAUCGAAACUACCUGGCUAGACGUGGCUUCAAAUGCAAGCGCAGACCGGCCAAUAACAAUAAUGUAAAGAAUGGUGGGACGAAUCCGGAAAAGGAAAAGAAGGAGGGCACGCCCUCCACUGCCUCUCUCCCCUCCUAUGACAGUGUAACCAAACCUGACAAGGAAAAACAGGAUGAUAAUGAAGGAAAGGCAGGGAGGAAGGAGAAGGGCAGAAACCAAAAAUCCGUCAGGGAAUCUAAGUGUUAGAAUAUUGGAAUAAUAAUAACAGUAAUAACAAUAAUAAUUAUAAUAAUGUAACUUCAAGCAAAGCGAGAGGAAACCAUCUAACCCACACAGAUGUACAGAUUAUUUCAUUUGCAAGAAAGAAAAAUAAUAAUAUUAAUAAUUUUGUUUAAAGACUUCAUACUAUUGAUGCAGAGUGAAGCAGCUCCGUCUCUUACAGCUUAAAGAGACUUGAACUUGAUUUAAACCAAACAUAAUCAGCGUACUGUGUGACAUUGUUGCAUCUAGACUACUGAUCUUAACAAAAUGGAAUGAAAAACAGACUAAAUAUGAAAGAAAUGGGCAGUUCCCUGACUGGUGGACUACACAUAAGGAACAGAACUUGUCACUAAGAGGAAUGAAUGAGAAACGCUGAUAAGGGAUCUAAUGUGUGGGAUUCCCGCCAGCAAUGGAUUCCCAUGGAAAUACAGAGCUAUGCAGGAAAAACAUGGAAAUACUGCUCGACUUGAAGAAUCACCUUCGAAAAGCAGUCAGAAGGAACUCUGUAUCAUUGAAUUUAGUCAUUCAUGGAGUACAUUUAUGUACAUUAUCAGUCUAUAUGAACAAACAGAACAGCUGAGGAGAGAAAGACAAAACCCCAUAGUAGCCUAAAGUAAGGGUUUUCCAUGUGGGUUGUUAAUGCUGAAUAUAGAAUCUCCACAUCAUUUGAGCGGCAAAAAAAGGUUUUAAAAAACAACAAUCAACAAUUUUCCCAUGUCACAUAACUCUUCCUCACCUUCAAUCUUUGUUAUACCCACAUCAAAAGGCUUUUACUACAUGGGCUUUCACACCAAUUUGUUAAGGGGCUGUUGAUUAGGGAGUCAUCUUGGGCCAAGGGCUUACAUUUACUCAGUCAUAUUUCCAAACAAAUGCAUAAAUAAUUGUGCUUGUUCAAUGCAUAGUAAUGACUUGCAUGAUGGCAUGUUUUGAUCAGAAAUCUUGCAUGAAUAAUCAUAGUCCACAAGACACUAAUACUCAGACCACAACAGUGGCUCGACCAUAGGUUUGAGGUUGUCCACUGUCAAAAAUUCAACGUUAGAAGUAAAUCAUUAGUAUUAUGAUGAGAAACUUUGUGUGGAAUGAAUACCAACAUUGUGGAUUGUAUGAGGAGAAAUACAAAAUGUUAUUGCUGCUAUGGGAUGCAGAAGAGAAGGGAAUGGAUGUCUGUGUGUAUGUAUUAUUGAGUGGAUUUGGUGGAUCGUUUUAAAUCUUAAAAAGCUUAUAUAUAAUUUGAAUGCAGCAAUAUCACAUACCUAAUCGACCAUGCCAUCUGCCUUUGUUUUUGUGUUGGAUGAGGGCAUUGUGGGAGUGUCUAAGUGUGCAGGGAAUUGAUGUAGCAAGGUGGUUUCCAUUUCUGUUUUUUUCUCUAAGGGCAAUUUAGACUGUUCUACAAGGUUUAAGUGUAGAAAGAAUAUUGUAUUUCUGUUUCCAAUAACUGCUGUUUUAUUUCCUUAUCAUGUGCUGAUUCAUUUGUACAUGUUGUUAUGGUUAUCUAGUCUGUAUCAAUUUAACAUGUAUUUUCAGCCAUUUAUUUAAUGUGGUUGAGAGAGUUAAUCUUGUGCUAGGAGAUUAGAGAAAAACAGAAAUUGGUUUAUGUGGAGAAGCCUUGUUGCUCAUAGUCACCCCUUGUCCUUGGAAUGGGAGUGGGUGAACAGUACCCCCUGCUGCCUAUUCUGUUUUUUGCUGUCAUUGUUAGACAGAGAUCCUAGAACUGUACGCAAUGCUUGAAGAGUUCACCCCUUUAUCUCAGGAGAUAUUACAGAUGUAUUAUAAUGAGCUCUGCAACUAAAUGCAAGUUAAUGUGAUGAGAGUAUUUAUGAAACACUUUUUCCUAUGAUUUUGUGUGAUGUUAUGCUACCCUAUUCGACAAUGGUCUCGGCUGGCAAUAGCUAGGGCAACCAGUCUAUCAGGGGCCACUUUAGAGCUUCCCGUAAAAGACAUUUAGAAAUAUAGGGCUAGAAGCAUCUCAUUGAAAAAGCAACAUUUCGCUCGCUUGUAAGGGCAGCGUUUGUAUCAAUAGUAAAUUAUAUUAGUGGUUGUGUAGCUAUGGAUUUAGGUUAGGUCUGAAUAAAAUACAACAAUAACAAUAAUACUGCUCACCCCAAAUAUCAGUCAUAGGUACUUAGGAAACAAUGUGAGGAGAUGUCAUGAAAGGGAAAAUGGAUAUGUUAGUUUGAGCAGAACACUAAAUUCUAUGAGAGGCAAAACAGGUAUGUGAGCACGAGAGAGCAAGCCCCAUAAUUCGAAAUUUGAGAAAAAUGUGCUCCAAAACCUCUCAUCAGCCAUUUUACUCCACUUACCUAGCAAGUAUAUCUCGUAACAAAUACCAAAUAGUGAACAGAGCACUUGAUGCAUUGUAAAGGUACUGUGAGCCGUAAAACGUUAAGAAGACACCCAAGCUUUUGCACUUCCUGUUGUGCAGUGAUGUCACUACCUUCCUGUUUAUGAAUAAAUCCCCAAUCCCCUUCUCAAGUUCUAUGGUCUAGUUGCUGCAUGAGAUCUCCAAAAUCAGUGUGGGUGUUAAGUUGAACCAAAUAAAACUCUGAAUGAUAAGCAUAAAAGCAACUGCUGUCCAUUUUUCUCCAUCCCCAUCAAGGAUAUACAUGUAUAAAUGUAUAAACAGAAAAAUGUAAAAACCUUAAAUCAAUUUGAAAAACAAAAUGAGAAAAAAUUAUGUACAGUUCAGGCUGUGUUGUAAACGGCACAAAUUGCUGAAGUUAAGAAUGAACUUUUUAAGAGACUAUAAAUAAUGUAAUAUAUCAUUUUAUUUUAUGCGUGCAUGCAUGCGUAGUUUUUUGUAAAUACAGAAAUACUUAAACUACUGCUAUUAAUCUAAUAUGAAUAACCGUAAAUAGAAUGGCUUCCAGCUGACACCCCUUGUCACACUUGUUAGACUCUGACACAUUUGUUAGGUGGAGUAGAUUUUUGGAGUCACUUUUCACAUUAAAAAAGGGAGUAAAUAAAAAAUAUAUAUUAAAAAGAAAAAACAAUAUAAAUAAAAAUCAAUACAUAUAUAGAGCUAUACACACACACACACACACACACACACACAGAAUAUAUAAUAUAUAUAUUCUAAUAUAUGUCCUCAACUCUCCCUUCCACUCCAUGUACUGGGGAGAAUGCAGUGCACCCGACUAAUAACUCCCAUUUCUUUUUUUGUGUGCAAUAUGUUCAGUGAAUGACCAAAACUCUGGCCUGCCCAGGAUCACUAUGUACUGGGGAACAGCGUACAAUGGCUGCUUGCUGAGGAUUGUGUAGCCUGUGUUGGUGAGAGGAUUGCACUACCAGCACACCCUUUUGUACAUGUCUGAAGAUGUCUUGCCCACAACUUCUCCCACCUCUUCCCGCUGAAUAUAAACACACAAACACAUACAUACUGUACACACACACUCUCCACCCUGAGACAAGCCGGCGCUGGCCGGUCAUUAUGCCCCGGUAUCCUGAGCCUCAGGUCGCCUUGUGUGACAGCUUUUUACUUGUUUUAGCGCUGACCUUCCUCCAGGUUCCCCCUAAACACACCAGUGCAGUUUGGAUUUAUUGUUAUUUUCUAAACAAUGCAUCUGAUAAUUUCAUGGUUUAUUGCUUUUGUUAUUUCUAUUUGUUUCUUGGUGCAAUAUCUCUUAAUGGCAUGUGCCUUUCAGCUGCCUUUUUAGACUUUACAAUACAUCAGUAAAAAUGAUAUAUCCAAACCCAAUGGUUUAGUGAAUCAAAAUGGAGAGAAAACAUCACCUAGACUAGAUCAACAGAACUAACAUCUUAUAGUAAUCUAUUGCAAGUGCUCUCUCGGUAUUCUGUUCACUGAUCAUUUAGCUGGCGAGAGAGCUUGCCUUCUGUUUUACACUUGGGUUCAAUUCUGGUGUGGAUUUAUGAAAUUAUUUAUGUAGCCUUUAUUUUGUAGCAUGACUGAGACCUGUUAUUUGUUGGGGUUUUUGUGUUGCCAAAAAUAUUUUCUUAAAGCUUUUUGAGUGUCAUUGUUAUCUCUUGCCACUAAUACAGUCAGAGAGAGGACAGCGUUGCACAACCACUUGGGACUAAGUGAGAAUCAGUGAAAGAUUGUCUUCAUUUGAGCACGAAUCAAUUUCCAAACAAUAAAGCA